AACUGAUAGCAGGGGCAAAGCUAGAGAGCUGUGCAGAAGCAACAAUGGUGGAUGUGUGUAUGAGCAGAGGUUUCGGGGUUUCUGUGUGUGGCCAACCUGAGAUUGAGCAGCUAUCAAGAGAUGGUAGCCACUACAGUCUCUCCACUGGGAUUCUUCCAUCUCUUGGAGCCAGAAGUAACCGCAGAGUCAAGCUCAGGAGCUUCAUCUUAUCACCUUAUGAUCGUCGUUACAGGACAUGGGAGACUUUUCUGGUUCUUCUGGUCUUCUAUACUGCUUGGGUGUCCCCGUUCGAAUUUGGAUUCCUUAAGAAACCAGAGGCACCGCUCUCCAUUACUGAUAAUGUUGUCAAUGGUUUCUUUGCUGUGGAUAUUGUUCUUACCUUCUUUGUAGCUUAUCUGGAUAAAACCACCUACCUCCUUGUCGACAAUCCAAAGCAAAUUGCUUGGAAGUAUACAAGUACCUGGCUGGCCUUGGAUGUCAUAUCCACGAUCCCUUCUGAACUGGCUAGAAAAAUUACCCCCUCUCUUUUCCAGUCAUAUGGCUUUUUCAACAUGCUUCGCCUCUGGCGUCUUCGGAGAGUUAGUUCCCUGUUUGCUAGAUUGGAGAAAGAUAGGAACUUUAACUACUUUUGGGUUCGAUGCGCAAAACUUAUCUGUGUCACCGUUUUUGCAGUUCAUUGUGCUGCAUGCUUUUAUUAUCUUCUUGCUGCACGUUAUCAUGACCCACAAAAGACAUGGAUUGGAGCCUCCAUGAAUAACUUCCUUGAACAAAGCCUGUGGAUCCGUUAUGUGACAGCGAUUUACUGGUCUAUCACUACUCUCACAACUGUUGGCUAUGGUGAUUUGCAUCCUGAAAAUACAAGGGAGAUGAUCUUUGACAUCUUCUACAUGCUCUUCAACCUUGGGUUGACAGCAUAUCUGAUUGGGAAUAUGACCAACUUGGUCGUUCAUGGGACAAGUCGAACUAGAAGAUUUAGGGAUACCAUUCAAGCCGCCUCAAGUUUUGCACAGAGGAACCAACUGCCUGUUCGGCUGCAAGAUCAAAUGCUUGCACACUUAUGUUUGAAGUUCAGAACAGACUCAGAGGGACUUCAGCAGCAAGAGACUCUUGAUUCCCUUCCAAAGGCCAUUCGGUCAAGCAUUUCACAUUUUCUUUUCUACUCUCUCUUGGACAAGGUUUACUUAUUUCGUGGGGUAUCCAAUGACUUGCUUUUUCAGCUGGUGUCGGAGAUGAAAGCUGAGUAUUUUCCUCCCAAGGAAGAUCUGAUCUUGCAAAAUGAAGCACCCACAGAUUUCUAUAUAGUCGUUUCAGGCGCUUUGGAUCUUCUGGUUCUCAAAAAUGGCACUGAACAGGUAGUCGGAGAGGCAAAAACUGGAGACCUUUGUGGUGAGAUUGGGGUUCUUUGUUAUAGGCCACAGCUCUUUACGGUGCGGACGAAGCGAUUGUGCCAGCUGCUUCGGCUGAACCGUACAACAUUCUUGAAUAUCGUUCAGGCCAAUGUUGGAGACGGGACCAUAAUAAUGAAUAAUCUCCUUCAGCAUUUGAAAGACCUAAAGGACCCAAUCAUGGAGGGAGUUUUGGUAGAGACAGAGAACAUGCUAGCUCGUGGUAGAAUGGACCUACCUCUCAGUUUGUGCUUUGCAACACUAAGAGGAGACGACCUUUUGUUGCAUCAGUUGUUGAAACGUGGUCUGGAUCCAAAUGAAUCCGACAGCAAUGGGAGGACAGCUCUGCACAUAGCAGCUUCUAAAGGAAGUGAAAACUGUGUACUUCUUCUACUAGAUUAUGGGGCAGGGCCAAACAAUAGAGACUCGGAGGGAGUGGUACCGCUAUGGGAAGCAAUGGUGGGUGGUCAUGAAUCUGUUAUUCAACUGCUUGUGGACAAUGGUGCAAACAUAAAUUCUGGUGACGUCGGUCACUUUGCUUGCACCGCUGCCGAGCAGAACAACUUGAAAUUGCUCAAGCAAAUUGUUCACUAUGGAGGGGAUGUCACACAGCCUAAGAACACUGGAAAUACAGCUCUUCAUGCUGCAGUUUGUGAGGAAAACAUUGAAAUGGUCAAAUUCCUUUUGGAUCAAGGAGCUGAUAUUGACAGAACAAACGACCAUGGCUGGACCCCAAGAGAUCUAGCUGAUCAGCAAGGACACGAAGAUAUAAAAGCUCUGUUUGAAUCUUGCAAAGAGCACAGAAGUCAAUCUACCAUUGGUAUUUCAGAAGAGCGGCAUGGAAUUCGCUUCAUUGGAAAAUUUAAAAGUGAUCCUUCCAUCUUUCCACUCCCACAAGGAGGCUCCUCCCCGGCAGCAGAUGGAUCAUGGGGGCAUAACCGACCGAGACGUAGAACUAACAAGUUCCACAACUCACUAUUUGGGAUCAUGUCAGCUGCCCACACUGGGGAGAGAAACAUGUUACUGUCCGUAAAUGUUUCUAAAUCUGCCAGAAGUGGGGAAGGUUACCCUGCUAGAGUGAGAAUAAGCUGUCCAGAAAAGGGAGAAAGAGCAGGGAAGCUCAUGCUACUUCCAGAGAGCUUUCAAGAGCUACUUGAGAUUGGAGCCAAAAAAUUCGGUAUCUCCCAUGCAAAAGUUCAGACCGAAGAUGGAGCUGAAAUUGAUGCUAUAGAGUUGAUUAGAGAUGGAGACCAUCUUGUUUUUGUUAGUGAUGGUUGAAGUAAAGACUUUUUUUUUUCCUCCCUACUUUAACACAAAGUCUUUUGUCAUUUAAAGUAAAUUCAAAAUGUAAAGAUGGUGAAAGAUCACCUUUUGUUUUUUGUUGAAAAGUUAAAAGUUUCUGACCAUUAAACAAA